AUGCUACAAGAUGACGUCAUCCCUGUUUCAGCCGUGGAAAUUCAGGAACACACGAAGAAGGACAAGACACUGAUGCGUGUGAAGAGGUGGAUUUUGGAAGGAUGGCCCGACAGAUGUCCUGACCCUGAGUUGAAACCCUUCUUUAUGGUUCGUAAAGAAUUGUCAAUCAUGCGAGAUGUCCUGCUGAGGGGGAAUCAAGUCGUAGUUCCAAAGACGCUCCAAGAGAGACUGCUGAAUUCACUUCAUGCUACACACUGGGGCAUGGUGAACAUGAAAGCGAUAGCUAGAAGCUACAUGUGGUGGCCUGGUAUUGAUGCGCAAAUAGAGACCAAGGUCAAGCAAUGUGAGCGGUGCCAAGUGGUCCGAAACAGUCCGCCAAGAGCACCACUGUGUUCAGAUGAAGAACUGCAUAAACCAUGGGAGAGGCUACAUUUGGAUUUUGCGGGACCUGUGAAAGGAGUGACUUAUCUCAUAGUAGUGGAUGCCAUGUCAAAGUGGUUGGAAGUGAAGAUUGUUCGAUCACAAUCCAGCAAGGAGGUCAUACGCAUUCUCAGAGAGCUUUUCGCGACACAUGGUGUACCCUCUGAGAUAUACACAGAUAAUGGUACGGCGUUUGUGUCUGAAGAGAUGAAGAAGUUUCACAAACAAAACAACAUCCGUGGUAUUACAAUAUCUCCUUGGCAUCCUGCGAGCAAUGGACAAGCAGAGAUUAUGGUACAGAAGGCAAAAAAGGCUCUGGCGAAAAUUGAAGGGAAUGAUAUUAAUUUGAAGUUGGCACGUUAUCUAUUUGCUCAGCACACAACACCAAGCAACGCAACAGGAAAAACCCCUUGUGAGCUAUUGAUGGGAAGAAAGCUGAAGUCAUGUUUGAGCAGGAUACACCCGGAGGAAAUCAAAGGGGAAGGAAAAGAGAAGAAACAGCCAAGGAAGUUCCGUGUGGGAGAUGCAGUGUAUGUGAGAAACUACUCUGAGGGCAAUCAAUGGGUUCCAGCUUGGGUGGCAGAGGUCACUGGACCUGUCUCAUAUAAAGUUCAGACUGAAAAUGGAACAGUGUGGAGACGCCAUGUAAACCAGAUGAUUGAGCGCCUUGUGAAGAAUACACCACCACCGGAAGACUUCGGAGCGACUUCAGGACAGCAGAAUGUAGAAGAUGAGCCUGACGAUGGAGAACCAUUAUCAGAGGAGGAAAACGAUUUUGAGAGUGCCUCUGAGAGUAUUGUAAAUACUACAGCAGAGUCACCGGAACAGGAACCACGACCCCAACGAGAGCGUCGUCUUCCGGCAUACUUGAGAGAUUAUGUUUUGAGUUAA